AUUGCGCAAGCGUACACCACGUACACCGAUGAUCAGAGCUGUCUCGGCUGAAUGCUAGCUGGCUAGCUAACCGUCUGUCAAGUCGCACACAUUGGGCUAGAAGGGGGAGAAGCGCAGCGGUGGAGAAGAAGGGCGACCCAAGCGCCGCUACGAAAUGGCCGGGCAACAGUUCCAGUACGAUGACAGCGGCAACACGUUUUUCUAUUUCCUCACGUCCUUCGUCGGACUUAUUGUGAUCCCAGCCACAUAUUACCUCUGGCCCCGGGAUCAGAAUGCUGAACAACUGCGCCUGAAGAGCCUGAGGAGGGUCCAUGGCAGGUGUCUGUGGUACCGGCUCCGGCUGAUGAAAUCACAGCAGAGUAUCGUCCCGACACUAAAGAAAGCAGCCUUGUUAUUUGGAUGGGCUGUGUUCCUGCUGCUAGCAUACAAAGUGUCCAAGCUGGACAGAGAGUACCAGGAGUAUAACCCAUAUGAAGUCCUCAACUUGGACCCGGGUGCAUCACUAUCAGAAAUCAAGAAGCAAUACCGUGUACUAUCACUCAAGUUUCAUCCUGACAAAGGCGGUGAUGAGUCCACAUUCAUGAGGAUCGCGAAAGCCUAUGCUGCUCUGACAAACGAACAGUCACGACAGAACUGGGAAACGUACGGUAACCCGGAUGGGCCGGGAGCCACCAGUUUUGGCAUUGCCCUGCCCGCCUGGAUUGUUGACCAGAAGAACUCAAUGCUGGUGCUGCUCGUAUAUGGACUAGCCUUUAUGGUCAUCCUUCCUGUCGUUGUGGGCACAUGGUGGUACCGCUCCAUCCGAUACAGCGGAGACCAGAUCCUCAUCAACACCACCCAGCUCUUCAUGCAUUUUAUGUACAAGACACCCAACAUGAACAUGAAGCGGUUAGCCAUGGUGUUGACCGCAGCGUUUGAGUUUGACCCCCGCAGUAACAAAGAAGCCACCAUUCGACCAACAGACAACAUUGAAGUGCCACAGUUGAUCCGUGAGUUGGGCAACAUCAAUGUGAAGAAGAAGGAGCCUCCAUUCUGCUAUCCUUACAGUCUGAAGGCCAGAGUCUUAGUGCUGGCUCACCUGGCACGCAUGGACGUCUCGGAGGAACUGGAGGAAGAUCAGAGGUUUGUGGUGAGAAAGAGUCCCGCUCUUCUCCAGGAGAUGAUCAACGUGGGCUGUCAGCUUACCAUGAUGGCCAACAGCAGAGGAGGUUUCCAUGCUCCUCGACUGGUAACCAUAGAGAACUGUAUGAAGCUGACCCAAAUGAUAGUGCAGGGUCUGCAGGAGUCAAAGUCACCGCUGCUGCAGCUGCCCCACUUUGAGGAGGAGCACCUCCGCUACUGCAUCUCUAAGAAGUAUAAAGUCCGGAGCCUCCAGGACCUGGUGAGCCUGAAGGACUCCGACAGACGCAACAUGCUACGUUUCCUCGGGGAGGAGAAGUACGAUGAGGUGUUGGCUGUGCUCGCCAGCUUCCCUCACAUCACCAUGGACACCAAACUGCAGGUCCUUGAUGAUGAAGACAGCAAUAACAUCACAGCAGGCUCCAUUGUCACAGUAACUGUCACCUUAACCAGAAAGCGGAUGUCGGAGGUGUUUGAAAAGGAGCAGGACUCAUCGUCACCCUGUCUAACAGAGGAGGCUGCCACCACAGAGGAAGCGGGAGACGUGAGUAAAACCAAAACAAAAGUGUGGCAGAACAAGAGUAAAGGGGCUAAGAAGACAGCCAAGUCCAAGAAGAAAAAAUUAACCAAGAAGAAGGCCACUCCUGCGCCUGUUAAACCCAAGCAGGCCAACGGCAGCGUGGCAGGAACUGAGGUGGUAGCAGCAGCAGCAGCAGCAGCAGCAGCAGCAGCAGCAGCAACAACUACUACUACAGUGAAGGAGGAAGAGGACGAGGCCUCAGACAAGGGCAGCGAGUCAGACGAGGGCGAAGCCAACAAGGACUCUCCCAGCGAGAGGGACGAAGACAGCGACAAGCAGAGCGACACAGAGGUGGACGAGAUGGCUGGCGACGAUGAAGAGGAGUGGGAGGCGUUGCAGCAGAGCAUCCAGCGGCGGGAGCGGGCCCUGCUGGAGACAAAGUCAAAGGUGACGCACCCCGUCUACAGCCUCUACUUCCCCGAGGAGAAGCACGAGUGGUGGUGGCUGUACAUCGCAGACCGCCGGGAUCAGACCCUGGUCUCCAUGCCAUACCACGUCUGCACGCUAAAAGACACAGAAGAGGUGGAGCUGAAGUUUCCCGCACCCUCCAAAACGGGCAACUACCAAUAUUCUGUGAUACUUCGCUCUGAUUCCUACCUGGGACUGGACCAGAUCAAACCACUCAAGCUGGAGGUCCACGAGGCCAAGGCCAUGCUGGACAACCACCCGCAGUGGGACAUCCCCGACACGGAGGAGGAGGACGAGGAGCAGGAGGACAGUGACGGCAUCGAGGAGAGUGAAGAUGACGACGAGGACAACGACUGAAUGUGGAAACAUGCACAGACAGACCCCCCCCCCCAAAACCCCACCACGACCCCGACCCCCCCUCCACCUCCCCCUUGGACUGACCACCCACUCCUGACGCCACAGCAGCACUCAAGAGCAGCGAAUGCCGAGAAGCAAAAGCUGUGCCCGCCACAAACACACACUAAACACACACUGGGGACAGUUUAUACACACAGAGCCCUUCUUCUUCCCCUCCAUUUUAUCUAUACAUAGACUGUGACCCCGCCCCUCCAUUUUCCCCCUUUUCUACUGAGACUUGUUCGUUCAGUUUCCGUUGCUAACGGAAGAGAAUUCUGUGAAUACUUGCCCAGGCCCUGAUGUGUGUGUGGUGUGUGCAUGUGAGAGUGGAUGGUGUGUGUUUGUAACCUUGUAUGUGUUUGUACAGGUAUGAAAGGUUGACACACUGUGGACUGGAGGACCUAUUAUCUUGGCUCCUUUUUCUCCAAGGGGGGAGAGGGGGAUGUAUAACAGCUAAUUCAGUUUUUGCAAAAAUUUAAAAAUCACUCAGCUCAAAUGUUUUCCACACCAGUGAUACUUUCUAUUGUACACUUAAAAACUGCAGUGUGAGCUUUAGCCUGCUUCGUCGGGGAUCACAUCCAAGGCAAACAUUGGGACGGUUUUGCUCCUUUCAGCGCAUGGGGGCACAGUUAUGUCUCGUCAGGUUUUUUUUUUGUUAUGAUUUCGCUGUCACACCAGCCAGUCAUUUAUAUGUACUUGUACUCACUGUAUGUUUAAGGAGACGUCCAGAGUUGGACGCUGAUCUCAAGUCGGUUCCGUUAAUGAUGCCUGUCCCUGUGAUCCAGGUCAAACUGGGUUUUUUUUCCUGAUAGAGAAAAUGUGGGCUGAAAAUAAGUGGAUCUUGAAAUGAAUUGACCUCAAGUAUACUGGGGGAAAAUGGCAAAACUUGCAGUGUUAACAUUUCUUUGAAUUAUUGAGUACUCUUCUCGUCCAUAUACUACAUACAAAUGUGAGUUUUCAGUCUUUUAAGGGGCUCAGAUAUAUAUAGAUAUACAUACUUGUGGCUUUUCAGAGAAGUUAAUUUCUCUUCAUCCUUUUUUUUUUUUUUCCUCUUUACAAUUGUAGCACAUUCCAGUGUAUACUCAUUGUCCAAAAAGGCCUUAUGAAUACAACUGAAAUACCACAAAUAGAAGUCCUUGGGUGCUAUGCACCAUUGGUUCUUGGGAGAGCAGAAAAAAAAGUUAAUUUUGUGUUUUGUAACAGUGUUUUUCUUUCGUUUCUGUAUAGAGAUAGUCUCUUCAUAGUAACCUAUAGCUCCUCAGUCUUGGAACACAUAUCACUGAGUAAAGUUGUGUCUGCUGGAAGAGGAUUAGCUAUCGUACGUGGCAUGUGACCCGCUUUGUGUUAAUGGGAUUGGAGUAUGAGGUCCCUGACACGCACAGCACUCAUGAUCUCAAAAGGGUCUCAAACUAAAACCUGUUGAAAAUAAUGUUUAGUGUAAGACAGUUGAUCUUCUGUGCAGCACCUUUUCUUUUUAGUCAUUAAAGUUCAACGAUGUCUUUUUUUUAAUUACCGCCAUUUUCAAAAGUGUUUUUUCCCCACAACAUCGUAAAGGCAUAUUCAUUUUUCCGUCUGGGGGAGAACAGAGCAGUUCUGGCUAACCAAGAGACCCUUCUUUUAUUUAAAAGUAGGUUUUUGUUUUUUUCACAUAGGCUUUAGUUUCAACAAAUGUAAAGCAUUGUCUUUGUUUCGUUCCAAUCUAACUUUUAGUAAUCUGUUUGAUUCAUGAGUGCAAAAAAGAAAAAUCAGAGCUUCCUUGUGUGGCUCUGCAGGCUCUCUCUGUAUGUUGACGACUUGACAUUGUUUAAACUAAAUUUAGAACCUUUCACCAUAAAUAUCCACACUUUUUUUAUUGUAUAGUGUGUCAUGUUCGUGUGGGAGAGUUAAAGGUGUGACUAUUUGAGGGCACGCUCUCCCAACACCACAUACACAAACUCACGUGCACACUAUCUCUUCCCAUAAUUGCGUUCAAAACAGGUCUAUGCUAACAGAAAAAAAAUGUACUCUUGAGUAUUUAUCGCGCUGCAAUAGUAUGUAGCAUCAGUGAUUUACGCUGUGUGGAAAAUAAAUCUGCAGUGAGGUUAAAUACGACACCAUCUCUCCCAUGAUGGAAGAUGCUCAGGCGACUGGCCGGCAGGCUGCCUCAGUUUGGACAAAAUACCCAAUGACUAUCUAUCUGCCACUUUUGUUUACAAAGGAACUGUCAUUGUAAAUGGAAAAGUAUAUUAUUUGUAUUUAAAAUCAUUUCAAAUAAAAACUUUUAAAUGAGA